CCCAUGACAUCGCUCCUGGGCUGACCCCAGUAUAGUACUUCAGCUCCUGUGACAUAGUUGUCCCGAGCCCUUCUCAUCAUCUUGAUGUAGCACAGUCCGGACGUCCCUGCUGGUUCAUCCUCAGGAAAUACACAGUUUUCGUCGACUCGAGACCCUCGAUAACCCUGUCCUCUUUCUAGCCAUUUGACCGGCUUCGUCGUAGGAAUGGAGUCCAAACUGGCAAAUCUUCACAUCGACCUACCUCAGACGUCCAAGCUGAUGUCGAAGAGCAAGAAAGGGGAGGUGGUGGACUCGUGGGAAGACGACGAUGAUCUCAGCUCGCCAGACGAUGGUGCUGUAACUCCACUCGACGGCACAGAGCCCUCGUUGAAAUCUGUAGCGGAAAGAGAUCCAGCCUUGAAACCCCCGCCUCCCACGCCCAUCUCUCCACCGCCUGGGGCCAGCGAACAAUACAUGAAUUGGCAACCCGCUCAGGUCCUAGGAGGAGGGCGUCCCAAGCCCUACAGCCCAGCCUCGCCCUCGACACCAACCGGCUCAGAUCGAGAAAGAGACCAGCGCAGGCCAGAGAAGACCACGGCGGCAGCCAGUCGGAUGAUCGCGGCCGGCCUGGGCAUGAAGGUUCCCAAGAAGACAGAGGAGCAAAGACAGUAUGACCGAGCAAUCAGAGAACAGGAGGCUCGACGGAAGACCAGAGAGAAGGAGGACAGAGAACGGGAAAGAGAGGCGGACGAGAAGCUGAAGGCGGCAGUGUGGGACGACUGAUCCCAAGACAACAUUUACUAUACGCGGCAUUGGAGGUCCUGGACAUUGUGUUACCGUUACCUAUCGUCUGUUUGCCCAUGCGCAAACUCUGUAGUGUGUUGAUCGUACGCUCAUCGUCGAAGAAAAUUCGCUGUCGCGUGGACCUUUGCUGCGCUGCGCGUGGAUACAAGUCGGAUGGAGGCCACGCAGAUCUGAUCUGCCUUUGUGGAAUUCCUAAGCCUAGGUCUGU